CAACAUUUGAAUAUAAAAAAGAACACAAAAUUUAUGUCACAUUGAUUCUAUCAUCAAAUGAUAUUCCAGCUGCAAAAAAGAUUUGUAGUCAUGCAAGUUAUACAUUUAAUCUAGUAGACAUAACAAAAUAUUUUGAUAUAGUGAAAGAAUGGUUAAAUAGUACAAAUAAACAAAAAAGAGAUGAUCAUAUAUCUAAAAUAUGA